AUGGCGCCGGCGCCGGCAAUGGCGAGGAAGGCAGCAGCAGGUGCGGAGGGGGACUUAAAGGAAGCCAGAGCGCUGGCAUGGAGGAGCAACAGCGUCCAGGGAUCGUCGACGACGCCGAGUCCCGCGUGGAGGAGCAACCGCGAACAAAGAGGACGCGGAAGAACAAGGUGACACGGGCACGCGCUGAUCGUUCCGAAUUCUUCCUCGUGCCAAAACCAUAUCCCCGGCUCCACCCAGCGCUCCUCUGGAUCGUCCUCCGUGACGAGACAUACCUCACCUUCCCCCACGGCAAAAUCCACCACUUGGAUCUUGACUAUGAUGACAUUGAAUUCCGUGUCUCCGCGGGCAGCAUGCUCUUCCUGGUGUUCUGCGACCGCAGCUGCUGCUUAAUGAACCCCUCCACCGGGGGGGCUACCCCUCAACAGAUCAGCCUGGACAAAGACGACAUGGACCAAUGUUACCACAGCUUUGACAGGAUAAGCAAGGUGGUGGUGUCUGAUAAGAUUGUCGCUCUCAUUGCCAGGGACAAGGUCAAAAUCUUUGCUCGCGGGCCGCCACAGGGUUUCGGAACAUGCUCGCCCAAGGUGUGGGAGCCCCCUGGUGAAACCCAUGUCGUUGACAUUGCAAUCUUCGAAGAGAAGCUUUACGUCCUCGCUGCAGAAUAUGGUAAUGGCUGUCUUGAACCACUGGAGCUGCAUGCCUUGGAUACCAGCGACGAGCAGGCCGCUGUCAGCUCCGUCCAAUGCGUAAGCGCCGCACCAAGAGAUCGCGUGGAAUCUGACUCGACUGCCGGCUGCCAACUGGGCAUCUUCUUCUACCUGGUGGCAUCCGGCCAUCAGCUGCUGCUGGUGGAACGGCAGGUCGACGUGGAUCACUGGGACCCCUUUUACGUGAGGGCGAUACGGACCCGGUUCGAGGUCUCGGAGGCGGUGGGCCUGAGCGGCAGCGGCCCUGGGCACUGGAGCAAGGUGGAUACACUGAUGGGGCGUGCUCUGUUUGUCAGCCGAGGCUGCUCCGAGUCACUCCCUGCCCAGCCUGGAGCUCGAGAAGACUGCGUCUACGCUAUGACCGAACAGAAUCUGCCUCUUCCGAGAGAGCAGAAGAGGGUCCCUGAGGUGACCUGUUCGACUGUGUCAUGUACAACGUGAGAGACAAUACAGUGGUGCCAUUGCCAUUUGAGACGGCGGCGACGGAGGCAACUCGCGGGGUACGGCAUCCUACCUGGCUUUUCCCAGCCAAUGUUUGAGUUACAUAUGCAUUUGGAAGUGCCAUACUACCAUCUGGGAUUGAUUUGGUACGCCCUGAUGCUUGCGUAUAUCCAGUAGUAUCUAUCCUUAUCGAUAUGUUGUAGUAAUGACUAGUUUACUUGUUCUGACAAUGUGUGUCAAGUUAAACUGACCGGUGUUGCUAGAUUUCCAUUUUGUUGUCUUAGGAGUAGACAUUUAUCAAGACUAUGGUUGAGCUUGUAGCCUUUCUGUCGCAAACUGUGUUCUUGACUGAAUGUACUGAUCUAUGCGGCUACUUGGUAGUAGCAUUGCUUCACUUCUUUGUUUGUGCUA